AUGAGCCCUCAAAGGAAGGAAGCUAGCGAUAGCGUGUGCGACAGCGGCUGGCGACAGCGGCUGGCGACAGCGGCUGGCGACAGCGGCUGGCGACAGCGGCUGGCGACAGCGGCUGGCGACAGCGGCUGGCGACAGCGGCUGGCGACAGCGGCUGGCGACAGCGGCUGGCGACAGCAGCUAGCGAUAGCGGCUAGCGACAGCGGCUAG